AUGGGUACGGAAUACUCCAGGGAUAUACUUGAUGAAAGCGAUGAGAUCCUCCACUGUCGAUAUCAGCUCAUAUAUACCAUGGGACAACAGCGUUCUUUAGAAGGGUACCCUGAUCGGUGGACAACCAUACAACAAAUUUUCAGUCUCGUGGCAAGCUGCGUCGAAAUCAUCCAGCAAAUUUUUCCCCUUGGAGUUGAAGUGCGCUCACGAAGCGGUUGUUUCCCUUUCUUCCGUAUCCUGCGGCGCGAAGCUGGGGACGCCUUGAUCGAGGCUGUCUGUCAGAAGAUUCUCAGGGGGCAAUUAGAGAACUAUCCGUUCUUCUCGCGACUUCCAAGUGGUGUCGUGCAGGAUUUUAUCACGAAUGUUCAUGUCGCCGCUGACCGUGCGCGCGCCAUUGAAAGCCAAUGCUCAGAGAGCAAUACAUGGAGCCUUCUUCUGAUACUGCGUGGACUUUUUGCGCAUGGAAUCCUCAACUAUGUCCUGUCGUCGCGUCGCUGGCGAGUAGAUUAUGGCUUGGAUCUAAGUCGUAGUCUGCUAGCGGUACCGUAUAGGGCUAAGGAUGUUCCUUCUCUAUUGGCAGAAUCUGGCCAUCCCGAUGUCGCCAUUUCUUUGACUUGCCUGUCCUACUACUACACUCCUGUACAAACAAGACGACCCUUUCUCAGAAUACGAAUCCUGGAUCAAAAAUCGAUGACUCUGUACCAGCACCGUUACGCCCAUCUUAGUGGAGUCAACACCAAGGAUAAGGAGCAAUGGUCCAAUCAUCUCGUCCCCCUUUUCCAGCGGAAUCGUGCUGUUAAUGAUUUCUAUCUGUCGCAAGUCGUCUUUCCCAAGCAGGCGAAAGAGUUUCCUUGUAAAUUAUCCACAUCUGGGUGGGAUCUUGCGGAGCGCAGGGCGAAAGUGACGACAGGCUUCAGCGGCACCAACGACAACCGAUACUUGUUGCCUACGUCUAUCCAACAAUGCGAUCUCCGUAGUCAGCAAGGCACCAAUGCCAAGGUACUGGCAUACCUUCUUCGGUCAGAAAACAACCAUUAUAAAUGUGUACGCAAUCCGCACAACGGAAACAGCCUCACCGCUCAAGAGUUCCUCGAUCUCUUAGUUCAAGAGCGACCGAAGAUCCAAGUUCUCUUGGAUACUUCUUGGGAGCCUGCUGAACCAUUGUUGCUAUCGCCUUUGAAGUACCAGCUCGACAGGUGUCUGGUAUAUCUUGAUCAAGCUCACACCAGAGGCACUGACCUUAAGCUGCCUCUGAGCUUCAGAGCAGCCAUAACUUUGGGCUCCAAAGUGACAAAAGACCGUCUGGUACAAGACGCUAUGAGGAUGAGACAGCUCGGACAGGGACAGUCUGUGAUGUUCUUCGCUCCUCUUGAUAUAGAUCAGAAGAUCAGAGCAAUUGCAGGAAAAUCCGAGUCGAAUGUGCUGGAAACGAUCGAUGUGUUGAGGUGGGUUAUGACAGAAACGUGGGACGACAUUACGCAUCACGUCCCUCACUGGGCACUGCAAGGGCUGGAUUAUUUCGGAAGGAGAGAUGCUUUGAACAUUUUCACUGCGUCGGGAUCCACUGAAUACCAAUAUCUUAUCCCUUGGGUCCAACCAGAGGGUCGUUCGCUCAAGGAAUUAUAUGCUGUGCCUGAGGGUCCAACUACAGCAUUGAACGCCAUGGACAUACCGGAGCUUCGUAACCGCUGUCAGCAACUAGGUGUCAAUUUUGUUUCUAACAACAAUGUUGAUGAAGAGCAGGAAAGAGAAGUCAACCAGGAAAUCGAGCGAGAGCAGGAGAUCGAAAGACCAGCGAAACGCAAACCUGCCAUACACGUGCUCCACAAUGAUGUUCGCCAUUUCAUCGAGACGGGUGUCAUCUUUCGACAGAGUUCCGCGUUCGCGUCUUUGUUCCAGUCGCUCAACGAUCGUCAUUCGUUUGGUACAAGGGUGUGGUCUCCUCGGUUGCUUUGCACAUAUGAUUUUACGAAGACGGUCCUGGAGGAGACUAUGGCCGUCCAGGGAAUACAAGCACCGAUCAAUUCUUCAUUCCAUUCCUUGCGCUCGGUGAACUGGAUUCUAUCAUCCACAGUGGGGAAUGAUUCGCGACUCGUCGUUCUCAGUCCAUUUGAAGUAAACGAAUUGCUGCCCUCCAUACGACAUAGCAGAUUCGUACGCCUCCAUGUCUACGCCCCACGUGUCACAUCGACGACAAAACCCUUUGACGAUCUGCAAUUCCAUUACUUCCCCCGAACUGUGGCUGCCGGCAGACCCUUCACUGUCGAUCAUACCUUGGCGACACAACUCAACAUCUUCUCAGGCCAGUUGUACCUGACCGACUACCAUGCUUAUCGUGCCUUGUGCCUAUUCUUGGGCCUUCACUUACCGGGAGAAACAGACGGUCUCCCUUAUCAAAGUGACGGGUUCAUCUUGCAACGCCAUCGGUCUCGAGAUGGUCGAGUGGACCCCUCUCCCUUUACGAGCAGCCCGGUUGUGUUCUUCAAGGAUUUGGUCGCGCUGCGGAGAAAGGGUAACACGUAUCUGUCAACACAUGUGGGCAAGCUGCUUCACGGACAUUCAUUGACACCGGAAUCAUUUUCCUGA